CUCACUCAUUCACUCACUCUCCUCCGUCACUUCUCCUUCGUGCGUAGUUAUUUUCGUUCUAUAAAACAGACCUUUUCUCCAGGCUUCCUGCUCUUUUACUCUCUUCCUCUACACCCACAGCUCCUUCUCACCUGCCGCUGGUAAAGGGCGCGUCUUUCAGACAAAAACCAAGAUUUGUUUCUGAGGGAAAAGCAGCGGUUCGCCUCCUCACGGACUGAUCUGCUGCUUCAGAACCGCCGUUUCGUCGAGAGCUCCGCUGUCUGUCCCGACUCAUUCUGCUAAGCACCUGCCGUCGACAUGUCCGCCCCUGCCCCGGAUGCUGCUGCUAGCCCAGGUGCCCCCGGGGCUCCAGAAGGUGAGGGAGGACCACCCAAUGCGGCCCCAAACCUCACCAGCAACCGCCGCCUCCAACAGACACAAGCCCAAGUGGAUGAGGUGGUGGAUAUCAUGCGUGUGAAUGUGGACAAGGUUCUGGAGAGGGAUCAGAAGCUGUCGGAGCUGGACGACCGGGCUGACGCGCUGCAGGCUGGAGCCUCACAGUUCGAGAGCAGUGCUGCCAAACUGAAGAACAAAUACUGGUGGAAGAACUGCAAGAUGAUGAUCAUGAUGGGGGUUAUCGGGGUCAUCCUGAUGGGCAUUGUUUUCAUGUAUUUCUACUACUGAUUUGGCCUCUCUGUAUACAAGGACGUGAGAUAUUCUGCCUAAAGGAGCAGACGCUUUGUGUGAUUUCCACCAUGCCUUGUCCCCACCUCAGCCUCAGUCCUUCUCCUAACUGAUGCCUUUCAUCUGAACCGCAGCAAGUGUGUAGCCGUCAGCGCAGUGCCUCUUCCGCACUUCCUCCUUUCGAUGCGACCGUGUUCCUUCAUACCUCUCGGAGUGCUUCGCAACUGUGCACUUUCUCCUACCCGAUGUCUUUCUUAAUGGGCUUUUCCCCCCUGCUGUUUUAGCUUUGUUAAUGAGUCGUCUGUUUUUUUUUCUUGUUUCAGGAAACUAAAGUGAGUGAUUCAGGUCUGUCUCAGUCAUCCUUAUUGGAUAACAUUACAAAUUUCAAAAUCAAUUUACACAUUAAAUAAAUAAAUGAUUAAAUUUUUAAUCGGAAAAUAUGAUCCAAGAGACAUACAUGGUUAGGUAGAGUGUAAUGUGUGAUGAUAUAAAGCUUAUGGUGGUUGGUAUAGUAUAUUGGGUAACACCUCUGCCUUCUGUGCUGUAGACUGGGGCUCAGUCCCCCGCCUGGGCAAGCACGAGAUGAGUCCUUGGGCAAGACUCCUAACACUACCUUCGCCUACCAGUGUAAGAUGAUCAAAUUGUAUGUCGCUCUGUAUAAGAGCGUCUGCCAUAAAUGUAAAUGUUAUAUGUGAAUGUGAUACUAAUCAUUGGCAGUUUUUAAUUCAGUUGAUGCAAUCAAAAUAGACUAGUAAAAAAAUGAAGAAUGAUACAUGCACUACAUAUGUUUCCUCGAACUAAACUUGCUUUUUACUCAUUACAGUUCCACAUAGUCACACAUCUGUGUGGUACAGUCCUAUGUUUUGUCUCUUGCAGGAAUGCCUUUCCUAAUUUUUUUGUUGAAUGUCAUGAUUUAUAUCAUGAUUGGUUUUACAUUGAGGAGGUGAUAUUAUUCCCAAAAAUGACUAUUUCUGACUCUAGGUGGCUUCUCAGUGUAUAGUGGUUGUAGAUGGGAAAGAUAUGUUCCAAAUUCAACACACCUAUUCUGGGUUACUUUAUGAAUAAUGGCCAUGAGAUUAGCGAGCUAUGCAAACCAAGUUGAAUGUAACUUUAAACAUUUAUUAACAAUGAAUGAGGCAGCAUCUUAAUGUAACGAGUCGCUAAAAUCUAGGAAGAAUUCUCCUAUUCUCCUAUUGUUGUUUGACUUGUGAAAACAUGGUUAAGAAUUUUACAUUCUUAUUAUGUGUUUGAUGGCUCGUCUUAAGAAGAGUGGUUCUUUAUAUUAUAGAUAAUGAAUCUUUGAGAUAAGCUUGUAAUAUUGCAAAGGCCAGAUAGGCUUGUAUAAUUAAAACGGGUUGAAAAACCUGAACACGUUCAUGAAGUUGUAAAUUUAAAGGUCUUAACCCUGUUUCAGUCACUCGAGUAGAGCAUUGAUAACAGCAUAUAUUGAUUCUCUCCACCAAACCAUCCUGUGGGGUCAAUACAUAAUACACAAGCUGGAUAUAGUAGGGUGGACAGUUUGAAUAAACCAGCAAAAAUUCCUUAAAAUCUUUCAAAUUAUGAUAAAUCACAAGCAUUCAGCCCCAACCGAGAAGGAGAUCUCUUUUACACUACUCUAUUUCUAAGUUUUUGGCAUAUGUUUUGAUAAAAACCCUUAGAGAAUGGAAAAGGCAGAGCUAAGUGACUGCUAAUGUCUCCAGCAUUUAAGAAUUUCGAUCAGCAAGUAAAGACAAGCAGAACUGCACUAUGCUGCCCUGAGAAUUUGAUUCAAGAUCCAUCAUAGCAUUUAUUCAGGUGGCAAAUCCUAUGCAGGCCAGUGAAUGUAAUUUUACCUAAUACCAAAACAUUUAGUGGCGAAGAGUCAGGUAUUUUCUGUGGUACUGUGGUAUGUUUGAUCUUUUAACAGCAUGUCAUUUGCCCAUUGUGUGCUGAUUCUAAUAAAGUGAUGAAAAUGUGA